AUGUCUGAUCCUAAAGGUCCUUUCCGUUUGGUUACUGUCAAUACUGCACCGGAGCGUGCCAAACGACUCAUCGGUCGUCUCGCCGAGACGUUGAGUGACCGGUACACCAUCAUCCAUGUCGACAACUGCGAGAAAAUUGAAGAAGUGGAGCCUAAGGUGAAGGAGCACAUGCCGGACGUCCUGUUCAGCGCAUCGAUGUGGACAGCCGAUGAGGCCAAACAGAUCCAUGGAAUCGCCAAGUCGAUCAAUCCGGACAUAAAGCUGCAUGCUAUUCCCACCGGCUUGCAGGUCGAGCGCGGUCCUGACGCUAUUGUUGAGUACUUGUGCGAGAAAGUACCUCCUCUGCUGGAUAGCUAG